ACGAUGGUACCACAAACGGAAUAGUUGGUGAUCAGACGGGUUCAACAGAACGACAAACAUCAUCGGGCACCCGUACUCUCGAUGAAGUUCUGCAGUCAUUCGAAAACUUUUGCAUUCCUAAAAAAAAUCCAACUAUGGAAUCGUUUAAAUUCAACAACAUUAAGCAAAAAGAAAAGCAGUCAUUCGCAGACUUUGAGACCGAAUUACGCAAGCAAAUACAGUAUUGUGAGUUCAAGUGUGAGUGCGGUAAAUCGUAUGAAAACCGCAUGCUGAUUGACCAAAUCGUCAUCGGUGUCAGCGAUAAAAAAUUGCAAUAGAGGUUGUUGGACACAAAAAA